AUGAACAUUGUGCAGGGUUUCAGUUCCCGAUGGGGUGAAGAUGGUAAAAGUGAUGCCCUCUCACCUCGAAUGGCAUAUAUGGAUGGGGAUACUGGGUCGCUUGAUGUCAAUCCACUCCCGGGGAACCACCGCAAAGGGCUCAUCGCGGUCUUCAUUAUGGCCAUCCUCUCGAUAAUUACUACUCUGGUGUUAAUUUCCUUCAUCACAUACCGCCUGGUCUUCUGGCGCUCAAGCUACAAACGAUACAUCGGCUACAAUCAAUACGUCGUCCUCAUCUUUAACCUUGUUCUUGCCGACUUUCAGCAGUCUCUAGCGUUCUUGAUCUGUAUCAAGUGGUAUGCGGACAAUAAAAUCGAAGCAUCGACAUCAGCUUGCUUUCUCCAAGGAUUUUGGCUGCAGAUUGGAGACCCAGCGAGUGGAAUCUUCGUCCUCGCCAUCGCAUUCCAUACCUUCCUUAUAGUUGCGUUGGGUCAGAAAAUGAGCCAUCGGGUGUUCGUUGCAUUUGUGGUUGGUCUCUGGGCGUUUAUUGCGGUCCUCGUCAUCAUUCCACUGGCGGCCCAUGGACGAUAUGUCUUUGUUCCAUCUGGUGCUUGGUGUUGGAUCAGCGAAAAGUACGAACCCAUACGCCUUUGGACACAUUACCUGUGGAUCUUCUUGGCCGAGUUUGGUACAGUGUGUCUAUACGCAGUCCUGUGGUUCCAGCUCCGUCAACGCAUCAAGCAGUCUGCUAUCCUGGGAAGCAGCCAUUUGGAAAGUUUAAAACGCCUCCGUCGGGUUGUUGGAUACAUGGUGAUCUAUCCCAUCGCGUAUAUUAUCCUGUCACUCCCUCUUGCAGCGGGUCGUAUGGCAACAGCGCAAGGGAAAACGCCAAGUAUAGUUUACUUUUGUAUUGCCGGGGCAUUGAUCACAAGCUCCGGCCUGGUCGAUGUUUUGCUUUAUACCCUGACUCGAAAGAAUCUGAUCCUAGAAUCAGAACCGAGCGCUGAUCGCAGUUAUAAUCGAUUCACCAGCGGCAACGGCAAGAAUCGUGGAGCCGAUACCCAUCUGGCUACUAUCACUGCGGAUCCUAAACAUUUGCGGACGGAUAUCAGCGUUCUCCAAACAAGGCAAGACGGUGAUGAAGACGAUUCACCGCACGGCUCGACAGACAACAUUGUCCAAAACUCUGGCGGCAUAGUGAAUUCCAUGGGCAAGGUGUACCAGCAUACUACAAUUGAGAUUACCUCCGAGCCUGCAUUUCCUUCUAGCCCGGGUGCCAGUGACCGAUCGAGUCGAGACACGCUGCGGCCUAGGGGAAACAACUCUGGACCGGCAGUGGGCAUGUGGGGGAGGUGA